GAGAGGUUCUCUGGGAGAUACCCAAGGAGGAAGAGAGAGAGAGAGAGAGAGAGAGAGAGAGAGAGAGAGGGUGGGGAAAUGCUUCGAUCCGCUCCGCCCCUCUUCCGAUCCCUCCGAUCGCUAGGGUUUUGCACGUUGACGUCGACGAGCGGCGGCGGUGGCGGCGGUGGAUCGCCGGAGAAGAUCGUCGCCGCCGUCCUAUUCGAGCGGCUCCCCGUCGUCGUCCCCAAAAUCGACCCUGUCGUCUACGCCUUCCAAGAGUUCUCGUUUCGGUGGAGGCAACAGUAUCGGAGGAAGUACCCGGAUGAAGUGUUGGGAAAAGCCGAUGCAAGGGGAAAAGGUGACUAUCAGAUUGAUUAUGUUCCUGCUCCACGAAUCACAGAAGCUGAUAAAACAAAUGACCGAAAGUCAUUGCAGAGAGCACUUGAUAGAAGGCUUUAUCUUCUCCUGUACGGUACCCCGUUGGGAGCUCCUGAUGGUAAACCUGUUUGGCAUUUUCCUGAAAAAGUUCAUGAAAAUGAAGAGACUUUGAGAUUGUGUGCAGAAUCAGCACUAAAAUCUGUACUUGGAGGACUUCAUCAUACAUAUUUUGUUGGAAAUGCUCCUAUGGCUCAUAUGGUUGUAGAACCAAAAGAAGGCUCGCCAGAUUCUCUAUCAUUUAAGCGGUUCUUCUUCAAAUCACAAGUGAUCGGUACGAAUAAGCUUCACAUCGGUAAGUGCAAGGACUAUGAGUGGGUAACCAAGGACGAGUUGCUCGAAUGCUUUCCGGAGCAUGCGUCCCUUUUUGAUAAGAUGAUCAUUCACAUAAGAUAACUGCGUCCUUGUUUGUUUUUCUUGGAGAUGGUAUUGUGGCCUUUUAGGAUCAGCACCCUUCAGUUGCUAUGGCUCAGACAUUGGCUCACGAGUUGCCUAUGGAUAAAUGGAACGAGUUAAAGGAGGAGAGGCUUAAAUCAUAUCUUUGGGGAACUCCCAAUGUGUUGUUGUUCGAUUUCUUUUUCAGUUAGAUUACAGUUUAUCUUAGCCGGCAGUUACUGGCGGUGACAUUCAGCUGAAGUUUUGAUGCUUCUGGGUAUUGUAGGCUAUGUUUUAAUACUUUAUCAACAAUAUGUAUACCUUUGCAUUUUUUUAUGCACAACUAAACUUUUUUCUUUUCUCUUCA